UAAUCUUUUUCACUUUUUACCACCGCAAAAUUUGGACAUAAUCUAAAGCAUAACUUGUCAUUUCCUUAAACAGUGGAUUCCCUUGUACUUUAUAAACAACACUGCACCCAUUUCCCUUUCAACUCCUUAAAAUCAUAUACCCCACUUUUAAAUAACUCCAUUAGAAACCUCCUUGCUUCAAUGCUCUGAACAAUAAAACACAAAGUUCAGAGCUUUUAAGGUACUUCCGUUUUGGUUCAUUCUGGUAUGCUUCACUUACCCUUUUUCCUUCAUAUUUCAGUUGUUUUAACAAUAGAAUCUUGAAGGGUGAUUUUUUGUGAUGUUGUAUAAUUAAGGGUGUGAAAAAAGAAGAAGAAGAACAAUCUUGGUUUUAUCUCUUGUCUUGAUUGUGCUGGAAAAGAAAUGAGGGACUUUCCAUCUUGUUUUGGUGAAAAUGGGGUUCAAGUUGCUGAUGCUUCUUGUUCAGCUGUUGGGGGUGCGACUAAAACCCCACAGAAUUUAGUCACCUGUGUUUAUCAGUGUAAACUACUUGGUAAAUCUUGUCUGAUCACUAUUGUUUGGACCAAGAGUUUGAUGGGUCAAUGCCUUAGUGUUGAAAUUGAUGAUAUGUCUCAUCAAUGUCUUUGUAAAGUUGAUGUAAAGCCUUCUCUCUUCUCCAAAAGAAAAGGGUCAAGGUCUUUAGAAGUAAAUUCUUGUAAAAUUGACCUACACUGGGACUUUUCACUAGCCAAGUUUGGAUCUGGGCCAGAGCCUAUUGAAGGGUAUUAUAUAGCUAUAGUUUGUAAAGGGCAAAUGGUUUUGGUAAUUGGAGAUCUGAGGAAAGAAGCAUUUAAAAAGACUAAUGCAACUCCUAGUUUUUCAAAUGCAAUGUUCAUUUCUAAAAGAGAACACAUAUUUGGGAAGAGGGUGUUUGGUACAAAGGCUCAAUUUUGUUAUACAGGUCCAAUUCAUGAUAUUACAAUUGAAUGCGACUCUAAUGGCAUUGAAGAUCCAUGUCUUUUGGUCCGUAUUGACUCUAAAACAGUAAUGCAAGUGAAGCAUUUGCGCUGGAAAUUUCGCGGUAACUAUACUGUUUUAAUUGAUGGACUCCCUGUUGAAGUGUUUUGGGAUGUUCAUAACUGGUUGUUCAGUAGCAAUUUUGGGAAUGCAGUGUUCAUGUUUCAAACAUGUUUAUCGGCUGAGAAGUUGUGGACAACACAAACUUUGUCUGAUCUCUCUGUCAUGCCUUGGCCUUACACAGAGAGUUUGAGCAAUUCCAAAUCAUCUGGUUUGGGUUUAUCUUUGGUUUUGUAUGUUUGGAAGAACGAGUAAUUGGAGUGUUCUUCUAGUAUUCCCAACAAAGAUAGUAUAUUUUUAAGAUCUUGUUUGUGAACUUGAUUGAGUUAAUUUCUAAUGAAUAUACUUUUUUUUCUUUUCAUCUCUUCA